CAUUGCGAUUCAAGCACAAUCCUGCAAAUUGUUAAUCUGAGGUGGGGCUGGAAGAAGGUAAUUCCAGAUUAAGAUAUAGUGGUGGCAGAUUGAUGAGGAUUAGCCUAAUUGCCCACAUGAAAAUUCUGGUCGUUCCAUUUCAGUAUAUUUUUAACUAUACAUUUACAGGACAUAACCGUAGGCUGAACUUGUUGAUUCUUUCCUCUAAUUUUGAUCAUAAACAACAAAUUUGGAUUUAGAACUUUACCUUUAAUGUUCUUAUGCUGAAUCCAUGCUUUAGCUAAGGCUAGUCUUUAAACACUCAGUGUGUGUCAAAGGCUUUAUUAUACUUUACCUACAUUUGGUCUUUGAUGAAUUUUUACACAUCUGAUCCUGUCUGAAGAGCUGAAAAGAAAGCCAUUUGUUCUCUGUGGGCACAGAUCCAAUUUUAGCCAUUUUAACCAAAGAGGAGUGACCUGUUUUUCCCCCAGGGAUACUGUCAAGUGAAAUUGCUUCUGUGCCAAGCAACGUUACGAGAUGACCUCCUGUGGUCUGACCAAGCUCUCUUUUGAAAUCAGUAGGUUCUUACCUGCUCAUUAGCACUGGGAAGAUGGUCUAGAAUUUUUGUUCAUCUGCUUCUUUGAAAGCCUUGCCCAGAUCCCCAGACACACUGUUUACCCAAAUUGUACUUUAGUAACUCUCCCACCCACAGACAUUCCCCCUGAAGGUUUUAUCCAGUUACUUCCCAGCUAUUCUUUUACAAAUUAAGGGGCAAGGCCUUUGGCAUAUAUAUGGGAAGUGCCAAAAACCUAAAAGGAAUGCAGUGCAAAUAAUUACACCUACGUGAUUUAGAUGCUGGUUUGGGGGUUUUUUUGUUAUUUUUCCCAGACAUGGAAGUUUAAUUAUAUGCAUAAUCACUCCUGGUCUUCAUGCUAUAAACAAGCUAUUUGUACUGAAAAAUAAAAGAAAUUGGGGGAAAAAUUUAAUUCAUAAGAUAGAAGCAACACCAUAGCCAUAUUUUUAUGUAGUUUAAAAGAACCUCUGUGCAUUUUGAAUAAGCACAUGUGAAGACCACUCCUUUAGUUUUGGUACUGCUUCUGUAACUCGUUUUUGCAGAUCAUUGACAAGGAAACAAAUUUUAUCGGCAAACAAAGGAAAUUAAACUAAACCUGCAAACUCGUAUUUAGGGAAGGCGAUGGAACAAAACCCUUGCAUGUGCAGUGCCUGACACUAAGGGCUGUGUGCCCAAACCUGUUGCCACUAAGGAAGAAUGAAUGUCCUGUGUUCCCAUCACUUUUCCAAAGGAAAAAUGCAUGUGCCCAGUAUUUGUCUGCAGAUGCUAGACCAGGUGGGUGAUCCUACAGCACUGAGGUGCCAUUGGCAUUGUCUGAAGUGUUGCAUAAUGCGCCUGGUACAGUUUCUGUCUGUAUCUAUCUUAGGUAUUUACAAGGCACCUAUCACCUUGGUACCUAAGCAGUUUGAGAAAUGCACCCACCACAGGAGGGAUGAUGAGAUACAGACAGAGGCCCAGGUCCAGAGCAGCAGAGGCAGGGCCCGGGAAGCUCCCCCGCUGUGUUCCCGCUGUUGUUGAGCUCCUGGCCCACUUGUUGUGGCCAAGGGACAUCUCCACCCACCUGUCUGUCAGCAGGAAGAGACGGUGCCCCAGCCCUCCCGAGCAGCUCCGCUGGUGGGCAGUCUGAAAAGGAAAGAUAAUGGAAAAGGCAACGAUCCGGUAGCAGAGGUGAAACAGGAAUGGUGGGAUUUCAAAAGGAGGGCUUCUUAAAGAGCAGCACAUCUCAGGGGAGGGAUCAGCUGCCAGUCCAAGUGGCAGAUAAGGUGGAUGAAAUAGUUCCAGUUUCCAAGCCAUCAAGAAUUGCAGACAAUGCAACUGUGGACUCCAGAGUGGCAACUAUAAAACAGCGGCCUUCUAGUAGAUGUUUUCCCUCAGCUACAGAUAUGAAUUCCAUGUAUGAGAGACAGGGUAUUGCUGUGAUGACGCCCACUGUCCCAGGGAGCCCUCAAGGUCCUUUUCUGGGUAUACCUCGGGGUACAAUGAGAAGACAAAAAUCUAUAGGAAUAACGGAGGAAGAGCGGCAGUUUCUGGCCCCUCCUAUGCUGAAGUUUACCAGGAGUCUUUCAAUGCCUGACACCUCCGAAGAUAUCCCACCACCACCACAGUCCUUACCUCCCUCACCACCGCCACCUUCUCCCUCUCUGUACAACUCUCCCAAAUCCCUGACAGCCCGGAGCUAUGGAACGAUCAAACCUCCAUUUAACCAGAAUUCAGGUGCAAAAAUCUCUUUGGUUAGGCCCGAGAGCGUGGGGACGAUGAUAAGGGACAAAGGGAUCUAUUACCGGCGGGAGCUGGACCGAUACUCCCUGGACUCAGAAGACCUGUACAACCGGAGUGCUGCAGCUCAGGCGAAUUUCAGGAGCAAGAGGGGCCAGAUGCCGGAAAACCCCUAUUCCGAGGUUGGGAAGAUCGCCAGCAAAGCGGUUUACGUGCCAGCCAAGCCAGCCAGGCGGAAGGGGAUGCUGGUGAAACAAUCCAACGUGGAGGACAGCCCAGAAAAGACCUGCUCUAUUCCAAUCCCAACCAUCAUUGUCAAAGAGCCAUCCACCAGCAGCAGCGGGAAAAGCAGCCAAGGGAGCAGCAUGGAGAUCGAUCCUCAGUCUUCAGAGCAGCCCGGACAGCUCCGGCCCGACGACAGCUUGGGAGUCAGCAGUCCAUUCGCAGCAGCCAUCGCAGGGGCCGUGAGGGACAGGGAAAAGAGGCUGGAAGCCAGGCGCAAUUCCCCAGCCUUCCUCUCCACAGACCUGGGAGAUGAGGAUGUUGGGUUAACCCCACCAACACCACGGAUGAGGCAGUCCAAGUUCACCGAGGAGGCAAUGUUCAGCAGUGAGGAUGGUUUCAGACAGCUCAUGUCGCCAUCUCCGAUCCCCGCCCCCAGAGAGCCCGAGAACCUUUUUAACAGCAACGAGCCCAGCAACCAGAGCGACUCAAGGACAUUGAAUGCUCUGUCCAAAACGAAAGGUACUGACAACAGUACGGUGGCAGCCAAGCCCACGAGUGCUCCAGGCACGGACAGCUAUGUCCACCCGGUCACAGGGAAGCUGUUGGAUCCAAACUCGCCACUUGCCCUCGCGCUCUCUGCCAGGGACAGAGCCAUGAAAGAGCAGACACAGCAGAUUCCAGGCAAAGGGGAUGCUGUCAAAACCGACCUUAACAAACCGCUUUACAUCGACACCAAGCUGAGACCCAACAUGGAAACUACUUUUCCUGUUACUGCCACUAUCACCAGGCAAAAUACCCGCGGCCUGUUGAGACGGCAGGAGACCGAGAACAAGUACGAGAUGGAUGCAGGGAAAGAAAAGAAAGCUGAGGAGAAGAAGAACAUGUUGAUAAACAUCGUGGAUACCUCGCAGCAAAAAUCAGCUGGCUUGUUGAUGGUGCACACAGUGGACACGGCGAAGUCAGAUGAUAUGCCCGAGGAUGAGGAGGAAAAGGGAGCUGAGAUGGAGCCGAGCCCUGAACACUCCCCGCCGGAGAGGCCGGAGGGCAGCGAGGAAGCGGAGGGUGAGCUGAGCGUCCCUGCUGCGCCUGAGCCCCCGGCUUCUCCCUGCAAAACCAUUGUGGCUGCCAGCUCUGUGGACGACCCCGUCAUCCUGCCUUUCCGCAUCCCCCCGCCGCCCCUGGCCUCAGUGGACAUCGAUGAGGAGUUCCUGUUCACUGAGCCUCUGCCCCCUCCAUUGGAGUUUGCCAACAGCUUUGACAUCCCCGACGACCGCGCGGCGCCCGGCUCGGCGCUGACAGACCUGAUGGCGCAGAGGAAGAAUGGCACUCCUGCACCCAGCCAACCAGCAAACUCCUUGGACGGCAAAAAGCAAGCGGGUCUCUCAAACUGUUUGCCUGCCUCCUUCCUGCCACCCCCUGACAGCUUCGACAACGUCGCCGACUCUGGGAUCGAGGAGGUUGACAGUCGGAGCAGCAGUGACCAUCACCUAGAGACAACCAGCACUAUCUCAACGGUGUCCAGCAUCUCUACCUUAUCCUCGGAAGGGGGGGAGAACGUGGAUACUUGUACAGUCUAUGCAGAUGGGCAAACAUUUCUGGUGGACAAACCCCCAGUACCUCCUAAGCCAAAAAUGAAGCCCAUAAUCAACAAAAGCAAUGCACUUUACAAGGAUGCGCUGAUCGAGGAAACUGUAGACAGCUUUGUGAUCCCUCCUCCCGCUCCGCCCCCGCCUCCCAUCAGUGCCCCGCCCAACCUGGCGAAAGUUGUCCCCCAAAGGACAUCCAAGCUAUGGGGGGAUGUGCCAGAGGUGAAAAGCCCGAUUCUCUCAGGCCCCAAGGCUAAUGUCAUUAGUGAAUUGAACUCAAUACUCCAGCAAAUGAACAGAGAGAAAUCCUCAAAGCCAGGGGAGGGAUUGGAGUCACCAACUGGAACGAAAACUGCGAGUCUCAGUACAAGGAGCACGGAAGUCAUGAGUACUGUCUCAGGUACACGAAGUACAACAAUCACUUUCACUGUCCGACCCGGAGCCAGCCAGCCGAUCACACUGCAGAGCAGGUCCCCAGACUAUGACAGCAGGACCUCAGGAGCAAGGCACGCUCCCAGCCCUGUGGUUUCACCAACAGAGAUUAAUAAAGACAUCCUGCCUGCUCCUCUGACUACUUCUGCUUCAGCCUCAUCUCCUUCUCCAACUUUGUCCGAUGUAUUUAGCCUACCCAGCCAGCCCCCUUCUGGGGACUUAUUUGGCUUGACCACAGGGCGCAGCAGGUCUCCUUCUCCCUCAAUAUUACAACAGCCAAUUUCAAAUAAGCCUUUUACAACUAAGCCUGUCCACCUGUGGACUAAACCAGAUGUGGCAGAUUGGUUGGAAAGUCUAAACUUAGGUGAACAUAAAGAAACAUUUAUGGACAAUGAAAUAGAUGGCACACAUUUACCAAAUCUACAGAAGGAAGAUCUGAUAGACCUUGGAGUGACUAGAGUUGGGCACAGAAUGAACAUAGAAAGAGCUUUGAAGCAGCUGCUGGACAGAUAAGAAUAGCUAUUUUGCCUCAAAAACUUCUGUUGAUAACUAGAGAUGGGCUGGUACUGACAUACCCCAAAUGCCUUGUCUGUCUGUGAGUGCCAGCAAAAUUGGUGGGGGGGGGGGGGGCAAAACAGAAAUUCCUGGUACUCAGGUGAUGCAGACUGUCUGCUACAUGCCCAAACACAAACCUAAAGAUGCUAAAGAAGUGGGGCCAUUUUAUUUCAAAGCUGUGGGGAGAUGUGAGAGAGAGACAAUUGUUAACUUUAAAACUCUUGACACUGCCCUUGGCUGGGGCCGUUGCAUGACAAUUUCUUUUAAAAUUUUCAGGGCUUCUUUUACUGAAAGAAAAAAAAAAAUUGCAUUUUAUUUUAUUCUCUUCUUGACGUUCAGUCUCCAAGCAGGCUUCCUUCCCCAGCCCUUGGUUCAUUUUAAGAGGACAGGUUGCUCCAUUACCGCUCAAACCCAGUUUUAUCAGUAGCAGGGAUAUUGAGGCAGGCACAGGAGUUCAUAUUCCUCUUUUUUUACUGGCAUAGAUCCCUGAUCUGUUGGCAGUGAAGCUGGUUGUUCUGCUGGAGUCAGUCCAAAGGUAACCUUGCUCUGUUUUACCUGGUAUUUCUUUAUUUCUGCAGUGGUAUUUAGCACUCUUCCAAGGUGGCAGAACAAGUUCAGUGCACACUCCAUUGACGUGGCCUGUAGGACGGUGCAGCGUUGAGCAAAGGCUAAGGAGGGACCACACUUAGAGGUGCAGCAAAAUGAAGCUAUUUUGUACCUGAGACCCCCAGUUGUCAACCAGCUCAACUGCUGCUGAGCCAAAAAAUGAACUCCACAAGCCAGAACAAACUUUGGUGUGCAGGCGGCUUUGGGGCUUGACAAUGAGACACUGAGAGAGGCUGAGACCCAAGAGGUGCUGUUUAAUUCAGUGAGUGGUAAGUGCCUGGGUAUUUUGAGCAGAAGGCUGAGAAGGAAGGAGAAGAGAAAUGAAUGUUCCCAUUGAAGUCAGUGGGAAGUGUGCCAGGAUCUGAAGUGAGAGAGGGAUUUCAGCCUGUUAGGAAUGGAAAUGCUUCAGCUCAUUGAGAGGAGGCAGAUAGGUGAUGCCAAGAUGGAAAGAGCUGUUGAGCGUCUGGGGGUGCGUGCGUUCUGAGAGCCAGGAGGGCUGGGGAGGGAUCCAGGCUCUCAUUUUGUCACUGCUGGCAGGAACUGGCUCUGGACAAGGACAGAGGGCCGGGCACUGGCCCCCAGCCCAUUCCUUGGCACGAGAGGUGGGAGCACCCUGCCAGAAUCCAGGGCUGGGAAUGGGGACACAGAGAACUUUCCAGGAGACUUCUGUCAGAACCCAUGGCUGGUUUACAUGGCUUUGUUUUUUAAAAAAAAUAUGUGAUUAUUAUCUUUUUUUUCAACUUUCAAGUUAACAAGUCUCUCUCUGCAUGUUUCAACUCCCCGUUGUAAUUAACACCUCUGAAUAUCUGUGAGUUUUGCAGGACUUUCUGGACAGAAUAUUCAAGAUGUUCAAGGUGGGUAAAUUGGGUGUGGAUGGCUAAACUGCCUCCCUACCAACCUUUCAGGUUCCCUAACAUUUUGCAAGGUACCUGAACUUUCUUUCCUUGAUAUGGUCCUUGAUAUGGUCCGGCCUAUCUCUAAUUUUUUUAUUAUUGUGAUUAUUUUUUGCUCACAAACAAGUGUCUAAUUAGGUCUGCAACAGCCCUAGUAUGAGUACAUAAAGUUUAGCAUUUUAAAUAUCUUUCUUUACUGCAAGUUUAAAUAGUUGUACAGAUAGUUUAUAAGCACAAUAUUUUAAGAAAAUAAGUGGCUGGUCUACUGGGCAGCCUUUGUGCCACUUCAGUGCUAGGAAAUUAAAAACAGAAAAAAAACAAACAAACAAAAAAAAAAAAGAAAAAAACUUUUUGUGGUUUACUACUAUUUCUGUGGAAUAAUUAUAAAGUCUUGACCUUUUUAAAAUCAACCUCAUUUGGAUGCAUCUGAACCAGCAGAGCUGUGUUAUAUUUUCUAUCUUUGCUAGAACUUCUACAGAGGAGGAUGAAUAUUUCUUCAGAAGUGGUUACAGUUACCAACGCAUUGGAAACUCAUAAAAAUCUACUUAUUUAAGCCUCCUACCCCCUUUAUGGAACAGCAAAUCUUUUGACUUAACAUCUGUUACUGCGCUCUGUUUGUAUUUGGGGAGUUCCAAGGAACCUUGUAAUAAAAACGAAGCACUGAGGCGUUUUGCUGUUGAGGAGUGCUGAGUUUUUCCAUGGGAGGUGUAGAAAAUGGCAGUUCCACUCAGAUAGGUCGAUGCAGGCAACUUGAGGCCAUCACACACUUUCAGAAGUGAAAAAAAAAAAAAAAGGUAAUUUAGCCAUCGUUUGUCUUCCAUUUGGUGAUACAACAGAAUUCAGUAAAUAAACCACUGAUGCCAUGCUCUCUUUUUUUUAAUCUCUUUUUUUUUUGUUUUGUUUCUUUGGGUACAGUUGCUAUUACCUCUAUAACACGUGCCAGAAAUAUGUUAGGAAAUAAAUACAGUAGUAAAAGAAAAAUGUAGAAGUUGACUUUUAAAGCUGCUUUUUUUGGAUCACAACCUUCCUGUUGGUUGAACUUGCCCUGAGCAAGCACUGACACACCCAGUAACUCCCAGGUGAGAUCGUCCCUUCCUCACACAGGUGUGGCUCCUGCUCGUGCAUCUCUUCAGGUACUCCAAGAGCAGGUGAAAGAGCUGUAAGGGAGUAGUUUUAUUUCUCACUUUGUGUCCUGUGAAGCAAAAAGGUAAGGAGACCUGAAGGGACCUACUUGGAUCACCAGAAAGCACCUCUGCCAAGUCGAGUUUGGUCUCCAGCUCUGAGGGCUGGUUUGAAACAAAAAAAAAAAGAAAGCAAUAGUAACAGAUAACGCCGUGGCCUCCAAGUAUUUUCACCAAGGGGGAGGAGAGAAGACCCAUUUCUUUCAUGCUACUCUGAUAGUGAAAAACAACGUCGUUAGAGAUCUAUGAUAUUCUGGGUUUUAGGAUCAACUUUUGUUUAUAUACUGUAAUUUAAAUAAAUUGCAUUUACAUGCCUAGUUUCUGUAAUAUUUGUGUAUACAAUACGAAAAUCUUACAAGAUGUAAAUUGUGUAUAACUGCACAGACUCCUUGCCCUAGGUGUCUGAGAACAUUUUAAGUUUAAUUCAUAUAUUAUAAAAUGACUAGAUGUGACUGUUGAUUUACAGGAUUUACAUAUCACAAAGAAGUUAAUUAUUUGUGGUACUUAAGUUAAUUAAAAAAUAGUGAUUUUUUUUUUCCUUUUCCUCUCAGUUCUUAAAAAGCAUUACCCAGUUGAUCUGGCGAUGAUUAUGUGUAUGAGCCACAAAUAUUGAUAAUUUUUCCAUUACAUUUUUUCUUUUCUUUUCUAGAUACUAAUACGUUUCUCGCUAUAGUUUGUGUAACAACUUGUGUUCAUGUUAUCUAUGUUGCUGUAAUUUUUGUGCUUUAAUUCCUCUUAUUUCGACUGAUGAAAAAAAAAAAUCAAGCUCCUGUAACUUGCACUUUUCCCCAAUCCUUAAUACUCUUGUAUGGCAACCAAAAUUACUGUAAGAAAUAAAUAUAAUAUUGCACUAAGGGUGUGGUUCUGAUUGCAAACAGAGAACACUGUCUGGAUUUUUAUUAAAAAAAAAGUUGCCAAAAAUAGUUGCAAUUUGUUAUUGAAAAACGCAUAAAAUGCUUUAACAAAAUGUAGAUAGAAGUAAGGGAAAAUUAUUGCUUUAUUGUUGGGAAAAGCAUUUCCUGUUUAUUCCUUCAUUUUUUUUUUGGUUAAAGCAUUCCUUAUGCCGAAUGUUCCAUUAAUUUACUGAAUUUCAGGGGUCGUGCUUGAGAUCUGGAAAAGCAGGAAACUUUGAAGGGGAGAGAUAGAAAACUGCAUUACCUGAUUUAUUUUUCUUGCCUUAAGGUGGAAUUCCGAAAUGUGUGGAAUGUUCUUUGUGCUGGGGGGACGCACGCCCCGAGCUUUAGCGCUGCUGCUGCUGCUCUGCAAUUUCCCGAGGCACUGGAAGUGGAGUUUGGGUUUUAUUUCACUGGGGGCUGGGGUUCCUCUGGGGCAGAGCAGCUUUGCAGAGGGGAGGAGGGAACAGCACUCCUUGUCCAACUUUGUGCAUCUUUUGACUUUAAAUUCUGUACCAGCGGGCUCUGUUUGUACUGUGAAUAAACAAGGCUGCGAAUGGGAAAAAAAAAGAAAACAAAAAACCCCAAACAAACAAAAAAACCCCAAAAACAAGGAAAAAAUUCACAUCUUCUUUUGGCUUAAGUUUAAGAUUUGUUUUUCUAUCUUUAAAUGGUAAUGCAAUGAAGAGUAUUUUUUAUUUUUAUUUUCUAAGAUAUUGGAAUAAAUGCCUAGAACUGUUGCCAUUUGGUUUCAUAUGUUCCUUAAUUACAAUUCUCUUCUCAGCUUUCAUUCUAGUUCAUCAUUUUUGUAGCCCCUUGUUAUUAUUUCUCUAAUAAUUUCCCAACAACAAUUACUUGGCAGCUUUGUUUUGUUAAAAACAUAAACUAGAACCAACCUGUUUUAUUUACUUAUUUCAGGUAUUGUGGCAAACAUCUGUGUAUCUAAAUAAAGUCAGGUAUUUCCAGUGCAAAACAAAGAAUGCUUUGCAAUUGUCACUGCUUGUUGGCCAAAGAAACAAGAAGAGUUGAUCAUUGCUGUCGUUGUGUACAUUGUAUUAAUGUGUUCUGCUUCAUUCCUUGGUUUCUGUAAUUUUUUCCUGUUUUUUUUUCCUGUAUUUUCCUGCAUUUUGUGGACUGUCAUCCCCUCUGUCCUUGGCUGGGCCACCCAGAGUAGCACGAUUGUAACAACACUUCAGAAUGUGUGUUUUUAAAAAACAAAACAAAACAAAACAACAAAAAAAUUGUACGUGCCUUAUAAUUUUCCACCUGGAUCAGCUACACUGUAUUUCACAUAAAAAGCUUUAUCUUCAAGGUGUUCAGUACCUGACCAUCAGAGAGUGCUGUCACUGCUUUAGAAGCACUGAGGAGCUGCAGUGAUUCAGCAGCUUAUCUCGCCACAUUUUUGGCAUUGUGAGCCUGACUUCUAGUCUUCUAUUCAAAUCAAGCAAGCAAGAGGGGGAAAAGAAAUGAGAUGAGACUGUUAUUUUGGGUUCAGUUCACUGCCAUAAAUCCUGGGUGGUUGGUGCAGUUGACGUGGGCUGUGUUUCACAGAUGAGGUACCGAUGACAAAUAAAGAAACCAAGUGGACCUGAUGCCAUUAAGUCUGCCACAAACUGGUUCUGUGCCACUGACAUCUAGUGGAACCUGAUGGACACUGUCUCAGAGCAAUAGCAGACCUUUUAAAAUAUUUAUUUAUUUAUUUAUUUGCUUUCAACUACUGUCAUUCUUUCUACGAGGAGAUGUUUUAGAAAAUUUUGUAUUGUUAUUAUUUAGGUUGGCCUGAGUAUUUAAGUCACAGAAAGGCUGACUGUAUAAUUACACAAAUUAUACACGAAUGAGAAGUCUUUAAUGUGUUUUCUGGUCUCUCUGUGCUUAUGUUUUCUCAGUUUUCUGUUCUGAAUGUCAGCAUCUCCAUGUGAUACUUCAUCUGCAUCUGGCAUGGUUUUUAAUGGGAAUAUAGGUUUUGUCUCCAGUACUGUAAACCUUGGACUGUUUUGAACCAUUUCUGACACUUCAACCUGAUGAACAACAGCCUGUUCAGCUCCAAAUUGUGGGGGGAAAAAAAGGGAGUUUGAGGUUAGGAAGCAGUUCAGAACAGCUGAGGGGGAUUUCCCUGAUGUGCUUGCAGUGCUGAAGUUUGAUUUCUCCAGUAAAAUUCCAGUUGUUUUUUUCCUCAGGACUGAUGCCAGGAGGAAUCUGUGCACAUGUGUGUGAGUUCUUGUGCGCUUUCAAUGUAAAGGUCCUUGGGCAGCCUUAGAAACCAAUGUACAGAUAGGACACCAGUGUUGCAUGUGCUUAAACCUGUACUGGAAUCAAUGUCGCCAUGUACCUGUUUGCUUUGGAAAUCUGAAGAGAAUACAAUAUACAGAAACCUCAAAAUCUA